GACCAGAGUGGGAAAUGCCAGGAAGCCAUCAGCACAGCCAUGCCCAAGAAUAAGGGUAAAGGAGGUAAAAACAGGCGGAGAGGUAAGAAUGAGAAUGAAUCUGAAAAAAGAGAAUUAGUCUUUAAAGAAGACGGACAAGAGUAUGCUCAGGUCAUCAAAAUGUUGGGAAAUGGACGAUUAGAAGCAAUGUGCUUUGAUGGUGUAAGGAGGUUAUGCCAUAUCAGAGGGAAGUUGAGAAAAAAGGUUUGGAUAAAUACCUCAGACAUUAUAUUGGUUGGUCUGCGAGACUAUCAGGAUAACAAAGCUGAUGUGAUUUUAAAGUACAAUGCAGAUGAAGCUAGAAGUCUGAAGGCAUAUGGCGAGCUUCCAGAACAUGCUAAAAUCAAUGAAACAGAUACAUUUGGUCCUGGAGAUGAUGAAAUCCAGUUCGAUGAUAUUGGAGAUGAUGAUGAAGACAUUGAUGAUAUCUAAAUUGAACUUAAAUUUUUUGAGUAUUAUUCUACAGUUUGGAUUUUGGCCAUCACCUGUUAAGAAGACUAAAACUUCACAUGAAUGUAGUUUGUUAAGGCAUAUCAACUUAUUUUCAUUGUUUUAAAGUAUUUGU